ACUUUCAGUUGGGGUCAUUCAGCUGAUAUGAGGAAUGCUGCAUUUAUGGAGAUAACGUUAACGUUUGUUUGAUGUUAUUGUAACUUUUAUGUAUAUUAUAAUUUUGUGAAAUGUCACUCGACGACCCACGAGUGGAAUGGAUACGGCAAAGAGUAUCUUCCGCAUUAUGUUUGACGGAGUCAAAUUGUUUCGAGGAUCUGCUUAGCCGUAGAGACGGGGAAGAUGGGCAGAAAAUAAUACGUUUUCUGAAUGAUGUUACUGAAGACGAGGAACCAUCGACCCUUCUGUUUUCCAAACAGAUACGAGAGGAGGAGGUCGAAGUCCCAAUAACUACAGAGCAAAAGAAAAAAUGGGACACUGAAGGAUCACAGCUUCCUGAAGUUCAGACAGAGGAACCCCCAAACCAUGUGGAUAGUUUCCAGAGCCAGACACAUGGUUCUGAUGGUGAAGAUGGACCCUCAGUCCCUAGGUUUGAAAUUCAAGUCAUCUACCACGUUGAGCUUCAUGUGUCAGUCAACCAUGCCUCUGAGAAGUUUUUUAAGUCCAACAUUUUCUACAUCCUCCGGAAUACCAAGGAAACCAUCUUUGAACCUGUUGACAUAAAUGAGGCAAACAAUGUCAUGCCAAAAUUACUUGAGUUUGGUAUGCUGAAUGGACAUUCCCUGUUGAUGCUGAAGGACAUCCUCAAUCAAGUGUAUAUUCCACUGCUUUCUUGGAACCAGCUGAAGCUUACAGAUGGAGGCUACCUCCAUAGAAUGUCCUUUGACAGAGAUGCUGUUGAGGAACGUAUGGAGGAGAAUAAGCCAAUGGAAACUCGUGGGUCACUCAUGAUCCGAGAUGAGCUACUGAACAGUACGCAUAAAUUCUUAGGGCACAUCGACAGGACUCUCCAGCAGCUAGAAGGAGAGAUUAAAUUGCAUAUUCCUGAGCUUGACUUGGAGCCACAAGUGGAUGUCCUUCUAGCUACCCGAGAGGUUGUAGAAAAGCUUGAACAGUGUGUGAUGAAUUGGCAGACCCAAAUCACCAUUGUUAUAGAGGAACAGCAGAGAAAAAAACCCCAGGCACCAGGACCAAUGUCAGAGAUAGAUUUCUGGCGUGAACGGGCAGCAAUCUUGAGUGCUUUGAGUGAGCAGCUCAAAUUGCCAGCAGUAAAGAAGAUUUUAGAGGUGAUGUCACAGGCAGAUCCUGUGACGGUGCAGAACCUGGAUCUUACUGUGACAGAACUCAGCAAGUACCAUGUGGAGUCUGUAGAAAAUGUACGGUUCCUCAGCACUCUGGAGAGGCAUUUCAAGAAUUUAGCAACAGGAGUGGAUUUUGGUGUGAUAUUGGAUACUAUACCUUUAAUGAUGAAUGGACUGCGCAUGGUGUGGAUAAUCUCCAGCCAUUAUAACACAGAUGAGCGCAUGGUACCCCUAAUGGAACGGAUUGCUUGGGAAUUGUCUGAGCGUGUUGCACGCGUGGUUAAUGUUCGCAUUCUUUUCAAAGAUAAGAGGGAGAUAGCCAAAGCCAAGGCUUUGGAUGGAAAGCAGGUAUUGGACCAGUGGAAGGCCUGUUAUUUUGAGGUGCGAGCAAGGAUAGAGAUUUCCGGUCGAGACCCACGCUGGGAGUUUGACCGUAAAAAACUCUUUGAGAAGACCGAUUAUAUGGCUUCCAUAUGCCAGGACCUCUUCAAUAUCCUUCAGUUGUUCACCAGACACCACCAUAUGGGAACCUACCACAAUGCCUCAGCACACAGUGUGUCCCAUACAACACACAGCACAGGCGGAUCCCCACACAGGCCGAUUCUAGAGGAGUUUUAUAAUAUUUUUGGGCCAGAACUCAAAGCAGUUACUGGUGACCCAAAACGCAUUGAUGAUGUGCUACGGUGGGUGGACAGCUUGGUGGUUCCCAUUGAAGAGCUUAACUUUGAUCCUUUCAACAUUCGUAAGAUGGGCAGCUGGAAAAUGGUUAUGCAGGACUUUAAAACUAAAGUUCAGGCUAUUGAGGGAGAGGCCAUUAAUUUCAUUGAUCAGUCCUUUAAGACUUUGAGAUCAGCGGAGGCGGCCUUUGACAUGCUGCUGAAAUUCAAACACAUCCGCUCCAGAGAAGCAAUUAACAACCAAAUGAUGCAGAAAUUCAAUGACAUUCUUGCACAGUACUGCAAAGAGGUAGAUAUCAUCAAUGAUAUAUUCUUGAAGCACAAGGACAACCCCCCUCUUAAUAAGAAUCAGCCACCUGUUGCAGGUGCCAUCUACUGGGAACGCUCUCUGUUCCACAGAAUCAAACACACGAUAAUACGCUUCUUGGAAGUGGAAGAGAUGCUGGAGAGUGAGCAAGGCAAAAUGGUGAAAGCCAAAUAUCUGGAAGUUGGAAUGUGUAUGAGGGACUAUGAAGUCAAGAAGUAUGAACGCUGGCGAGAGGAAACUGAACUAAGCCUACCACUAUUAAUGAAACGAACAUUGCUGACUGUGAUCAAUUGUGCAGAAGUCAUCUCCGUAGACACUGACAUUGUUGCCCCUGCAUCUGACCGGGAUUUGGAAAGAGGAAUACGUUAUGUGGUGAACUUCGCUCCAGAAUUGAAAGAAAUAAUCUCUGAGACAAAGUAUAUGGAACAGUUGGGUUACUCUGUCCCUGAGUUGGCCCGCAAUGUUUCCCUUCAGGAAGACAAGUUCCUCAGAUAUAUGGAUGGCUUGAAGAGCCUAGUGAACCGCUAUCAUUCACUGAUGGAUUGUCUGAAUGAUGCAGAGUUUUAUCUACUGUCAGAACAAAUCCAUGAGCUCCGGAGGGUAAUGCGUGCUGGAUUCAAACGAUUGAAUUGGAAUGCCCUGGGUAUCUCUGAAUUUAUUAAUCGUGGCUCCCAAGCGACCUCCAAAUUUGAGUCACUUGUAAACCAAAUUCAGAAAAAUGAAAGGGACAUAGAUGCAAAACUCCUCUCCAUGGAGACAGCAAACCUCUUCAAAUUCCCAGCCCCAGACAAAACUGGAGAUCUACCAGGGGUAAAGGAGUUCUUUGAGAAAAUCGAAAGAGAGAGGGUCAAGGAUGUGAAUCUGCUCGGCAGGAGAUAUACAGCCAUAGGCCCUCUACUUACUAAGAUGGAGAGUCUCAUUAUGCAGACCAAUAGUGGUAAGGCUAGGCGCAUGGCCCAGUAUUACACAUAUUGGGAGCGUAAGGUCUUCAACUCCCUAAUCAAGAUGGUGCUCUGGAAUAUACAGAUGUUCAACACAGCUUUACUUGGUGACACACCUUUAUUCCAAAUUGAAACAAUACUCUCUGCCCCAGAGAUUAUGCUUCAUCCUAAAAGCAAUGAAAUAUAUAAACUGAUUAUGCAGUGUGUCCGAGACUGUGUGGAAAGCACUAAGAGGUUUACACGCUGGAUGCAUGGAACAUGCAUUGAAUGUCCUCCCCAGCGUGUAGAGGGUGAGGAUGAGCCUGCGAUCUUCAGUUUCUACAACGAAAUUUGCCAGCACCCACAGGUGACUGAGCGUGCUAUAGCUGUCUCACAGAGUGCCCAGCGCCUUCUUAACUCUGUGGGCCGUUACCUCAACCGCUGGAAACGCUACCGUCCUCUUUGGAAAUUGGACAAAGCCAUCGUCAUGGAGAAGUUUGCUGCCAAACGCCCCUCAUGUGUUAUGUAUGAUGAGAAACUGCAGUUUUACACCCGCAUAAGCAAAGAGGUGACACAGCAACCAUUUGUGAAAGAUGAACACAUUGUGCGGCUUAACCUUGAGCCACUGGCACAUGCUGUACGGGAGAAUUCCCAAGCCUGGGUCACUUCACUUGGUAGACUACUCAAUGAGUCUGUCAGGGAGGACCUCCUUAGCCUGCGCAACAAUCUGUUGCAAUUUUCAGAGAAUCUGAAGAGGAAUCCAGAUACCCUGGAAAAUCUCAAGUUUGUUUUGGGCACAAUCUCAGAUAUAAGAGAUAUGUCAAUGGCUGUGGAGAUGAGAUUUACUGAUAUCCAGGAGAGAUACAGGACACUAACCAUGUAUAAUAUAGAGGCUUCAGACGAGGAGUUGGAGCUGGCAGCCAGUAUAGAACAGCUCUGGAGUGAGCUGUUUGCAGAGUCCAGAAAAGUUGAUCGCAGCCUGGGUAAAGUAAAGAAAACAUUCACUGAAAUCACAAAAGGACAAAUAGACGAAUACAAACAGGAGUUAAGCAUUUUUGCUGAGAGCUUUAAUAUGCAUGGCCCAGGAGCAGUGGGAGACGACCUGGAGAAAGGGCUAAUGGUCAUGGGAUCUUAUGAGACUGAAUUAGCCAAGAUUGAGGCUGGCCGGCAAGAGCUAGCGAAUGCUGAGAAGCUGUUUGACCUUCCUAUCACCAUGUACCCAGAACUUGUGAACGCACAAAGAGAGAUGCGUGGACUUCGUCAGAUAUAUGAUAUCUACAAAGCCCAGAAAGCAGCAAAGACAGAGUGGUCUCAGACUUUGUGGGUGAACCUGAAUAUUCAGCUUUUGCAAGAGGGUAUUGAGAGUUUCAUUAAAACUCUUAGGAAGCUUCCCAAGGAUGUGCGUGCUCUGCCUGUUGCCUUUUUCCUUGAGGGUCGCAUGAAGGAGUUUAAGGAGUCGCUGCCACUUUUGCUGGACCUUAAAAAUGAUGCCCUUCGAGAAAGGCAUUGGAAGGCGCUCAUGGAUCGUACAGGCACAACUUUUGAGAUGAACCCUGAUACCUUCACCCUAGAGAACAUGUUUGCCAUGGAGCUGCACAAAUAUGGCAGUGUGAUCGGAGACAUUGUCACCUCAGCAGUCAAAGAACUCAGUAUUGAGAAGGGAGUAAAAGAAGUGGUAGACACCUGGGAGAGCAUGAAGUUCACUGUACAACGUUACUUCAAAGGCACACAGGAGCGAGGUUCCAUACUAGGCGCAGUUGAUGAAAUACUUCAGAACUUGGAUGACAAUGCUAUGAACCUGCAGAGCAUGGCUGGAAGUCGCUUUGUGGGGCCCUUCCUGGCUACUGUACAGCAAUGGGAGAAGAACCUCUCACUAAUCAGUGAGGUCAUUGAGGUUUGGAUGUUGGUGCAACGUAAAUGGAUGUACUUGGAGAGCAUCUUCAUUGGAGGAGAUAUUCGUUCCCAACUUCCUGAGGAGGCCAAGAAGUUUGACAAUAUUGACAAAAUGUUCAAAAAGAUUAUGGCAGAUACAGUGAAGGACCCUGGUAUUAAGAGGUGCUGCCUCAUGCCAAAUCGCUUGAUUGACUUACUGAGUUUGAGUGAUGGAUUAGAACGAUGUCAGAAAAGCCUGAAUGACUACUUGGAUUCUAAGCGUAAUGCCUUUCCCAGAUUUUUUUUUAUUUCUGAUGAUGAGCUGCUCAGUAUUCUGGGAAGCAGUGAGCCAACAUGUGUACAAGAGCACAUGAUCAAGAUGUAUGACAACAUUGCAUCUCUACAAUUUGAUGUGGGGAGCAAUGGAGAAACUAUGGCGAAGGCAUUGGUGUCAGCAGAAGGAGAGGUGAUGACAUUGAGGCAGGCUGUGCCAGCAGAGGGGCGAGUGGAGGACUGGAUGACCAAAGUACUGCUGGAGAUGAGGAGAACGAACAAACUCAUCACCAAGGAGGCCAUUUUUUUCUACAGCCACCAAAAGAGCAGGGUGGAUUGGAUGUUGGACUAUCAGGGCAUGGUUGUGCUGGCUGGAAACCAGGUUUGGUGGACAUGGGAGGUAGAGGAUGUCUUUAAGAAGGUGAAGAAGGGUGAGAAGCAAGCACUGAAAAACUACUCAAAGAAGAUGCACCAGCAGAUAGAUGAACUGGUAAAACGUAUCUCUCGGCCCAUGAAAAAGAAUGAUCGCCGCAAAAUUAAUACUGUCCUUAUCAUUGAUGUUCAUGCAAGAGAUAUUGUCGACAGUUUUGUUCGGGACAGUAUAAUGGAUGCACGUGAAUUUGAGUGGGAGAGUCAGCUGCGCUUCUACUGGGAUAAGGAGCCAGAUGAUUUGUUUGUGCGUCAGUGCAGUGCUCAGUUCUCCUAUGGUUAUGAGUACAUGGGUCUAAAUGGACGGUUGGUCAUCACUCCACUUACAGACCGUAUUUAUCUGACACUCACUCAGGCCUUGUCAAUGUAUCUCGGUGGAGCCCCUGCAGGUCCAGCUGGAACAGGAAAGACAGAAUCCACCAAGGAUCUGGCCAAGGCUCUAGGGCUCCUGUGUGUUGUCACAAAUUGUGGUGAAGGAAUGGAUUAUAUGGCAGUUGGAAAGAUUCUCUCUGGGCUUGCUCAAUGUGGGGCCUGGGGCUGCUUUGACGAGUUCAACAGGAUUGAUGCAUCAGUGCUCUCAGUCAUUUCUUCUCAAAUUCAAACAAUCCGCAAUGCUCUGAUUUUACAUCUGAAACGGUUCCAUUUUGAGGGCCAAGAGAUCAACCUUGAUGACCGCAUGGGGAUUUUCAUCACCAUGAACCCAGGCUAUGCAGGUCGUACAGAGUUGCCUGAAUCAGUAAAAGCGUUAUUCCGACCUGUGGUGGUUAUCGUUCCUGACCUGCAGCAGAUCUGUGAGAUCAUGUUGUUCUCUGAGGGCUUCCUCAUGGCUAAAACUUUGGCCAAGAAGAUGACUGUGUUGUAUAAAUUGGCACGUGAACAGUUAUCCAAGCAAUCUCAUUAUGAUUUUGGGCUGCGUGCUCUGAAGUCUGUGUUGGUGAUGGCUGGAGAAUUGAAGAGAGGUUCACCAGACCUUAAUGAGGAUGUAGUGUUGAUGCGUGCUCUGAGAGACAUGAAUCUCCCCAAGUUUGUAUUUGAGGAUGUUCCUCUGUUUCUUGGCUUAAUCUUGGACCUAUUUCCAGGGCUAGACUGCCCUCGUGUACGUUAUCCCAGCUUCAACGAUGCAGUGGAGCAGAUCCUCCAGGAAAACAAAUUUGUCAUGCUACCCAACCAGGUGGACAAAGUAGUGCAGAUGUACGAAACUAUGAUGACCAGACACACUACAAUGGUGGUGGGACCAACAGGUGGAGGAAAGUCUGUGGUUAUUAACACCCUGUGUCAGUCCCAGACAAGGUUGGGCCUGUUAACCAAACUAUAUGCACUAAACGCCAAAGCCAUGAGUGUUAUUGAACUCUACGGAAUCCUUGAUCCUGUGACCCGUGACUGGACAGAUGGAAUACUUUCAAACAUAUUUCGAGACAUCAACAAGCCCACUGACAAAAAAGAAAGAAGGUACAUAUUAUUUGAUGGGGAUGUUGAUGCUCUGUGGGUGGAAAACAUGAACUCUGUGAUGGAUGAUAACAAGCUGCUAACCUUGGCCAAUGGAGAGAGGAUUCGUUUGCAGAAUCACUGUGCACUACUGUUUGAGGUGGGAGAUUUGCAGUAUGCAUCCCCUGCCACUGUCUCCCGCUGUGGAAUGGUGUUUGUUGACCCCAAAAACCUGCGUUUCACUCCAUACUGGCAGAAGUGGGUUAGCAACAGAUCUAUAAAGGAAAUUGGAGAGCUUUGCAAAUUGUUUGAAAAGUAUGUUCCUCACACCAUUGAUAUGAUCAUCGAUGGUAUAGUGGAUGGCAGACAAGGAGAAAAGCUGAAAACCAUUGUCCCUCAAACAGAUUUAAAUAUGGUAACUCAGCUAAGCAUGAUGUUAGAGGCUCUACUGCCUGAUGGAUUUAAUGCUGAGGAACUGGAAUGUUUCUUCCUAGAGGCACUUUAUUGUUCACUGGGAGCCACUCUUCUAGACAGUUACAGGACAAAGUUUGAUGAAUACAUCAAGAAACUGUCCAGCAUGACUGUAGUACAUGAUCCUGAAGUGCUAGCUGGACCUGGAGAGAUACCUGGGUAUUUGCCAACACUAUAUGAAUUCCACUUUGAUGUGUGCAAAAAGAAAUGGGUGCCCUGGACUUCCCUUGUCACUAGAUAUGUACACUGUCCUGAUGUGAAGUUUAUUGACAUCCUUGUUCCAACUGUCGACACAACUCGUGCUAACUGGAUUUUGGAACAAAUGGUGAAGAUAAAAAGGCCCGUGGUGUUGGUGGGGGAGUCUGGCACCUCUAAAACAGCCACCACACAGAACUUCCUUAACAGCCUCAAUACUGAUACCACAAUGAUGCUGACAAUAAAUUUCUCAUCAAGGACCACAUCAACGGAUGUUCAAAGAAAUUUGGAGGCCAGUGUAGAGAAGAGGACAAAGGAUACAUAUGGUCCUUCUAUGGGGAAAAGGUUGUUGGUAUUCAUGGAUGAUCUUAACAUGCCACUGGUGGAUGAAUAUGGUACGCAGCAGCCCAUUGCUCUUCUAAAGUUAUUACUGGACCGUGGGGGGAUGUAUGACCGUGGAAAAGAGCUUAACUACAAGAUCCUUAAGGACCUGGGCUUUAUUGCUGCCAUGGGCAAGGCUGGAGGUGGCCGUAAUGAAGUCGAUCCACGUUUCAUUUCUCUCUUUAGUGUAUUCAACAUACCCUUCCCUGCAGAAGAGGCCUUACAUGUCAUAUAUUCCUCAAUACUCAAAGGCCACACCAAGUCAUUUGAGGAAUGCAUCCAGAAAAUUUGUGAUAAGUUGACCUUUUGCACCUUGGAGCUGUACAAAAUGAUUGUUAAAGGUCUUCCACCCACACCCUCCAAGUUUCAUUAUAUUUUCAACUUGAGAGAUCUCUCUAGGGUCUACAGUGGUUUAACUCUGACCAAUGCUGAGAGAUUUCUUACAGUCACCCAGUUUGUCCGUGUGUGGAGAAAUGAAUGUCUCAGAGUGUUCCAUGACAGACUCAUCAAUGAAACGGAUAAAACACUUGUUCAGAAUCAUGUAAAGACACUGAUAGAAGAACACUUCGCAGCAGACCUGGAGUCAGCCAUGAGAGAUCCUAUCCUUUUUGGCGAUUAUAGGGCAGCCCUAACUGAGGCUGAGCCUCGUGUCUAUGAGGACAUCCAGGAUUAUGACGCUUCCAAAGCAUUGUUUCAGGAAAUUCUGGAGGAGUAUAAUGAAUGCAAGACCCGAAUGAACUUAGUUUUGUUUGAUGAUGCAUUGGAACACCUGACCCGAGUACACCGUAUUAUCCGUAUGGACCGCGGGCAUGCCCUCUUGGUUGGGGUGGGUGGAUCAGGCAAGCAGUCACUUACCAAACUGGCUGCCUUUACUGCGGGAUGUGAGGUAUUUGAGAUUGUGCUGAGCAGAGGUUACUCUGAGACCACCUUCCGUGAAGAUUUAAAGACUUUGUACCUGAAGCUUGGUAUUGAGAACAAGAAAACUGUUUUCCUCUUUACUGAUGCUCACGUGGCUGAGGAGGGUUUCCUGGAGCUCAUAAACAAUAUGCUGACCUCAGGGAUGGUUCCGGCUCUGUUCUUGGAUGAUGAGAAGGAGUCUGUGUUGGGACAGAUCCGUGAUGAGGCCAUGAAGAUGGGAGUUGGUCCAUCUAAGGAAAGUGUGUGGCAGUAUUUUGUAAACAAGAGUGCCAACAAUCUUCAUGUUGUCUUAGGAAUGUCUCCAGUUGGGGAAACCCUUAGAACACGGUGCAGGAAUUUUCCAGGUCUUGUGAAUAACACAGGCAUUGACUGGUUCCUACCAUGGCCUCCUCAAGCAUUACAUGCUGUAGCACAGACUUUUUUGGGUGAGAAUCCCAUGGUUCCAGAUUCACAUGUUGAGGCAGUCAUAGGUCAUGUGUGCAUGGUGCAUGCCUCUGUGGGAGAUUACAGUAAGAAGUUCCUUCAGAAGCUCCGCCGUAGUAACUAUGUUACUCCAAAGAACUACCUUGACUUCAUCAACACCUACUCCAAUUUGCUGGAAGACAAAGACAAAUACAUUCUGGCUCAGUGUAAACGCCUUGAGGGAGGUUUGGAUAAACUUGAGGAAGCUAGUGAACAACUAGCUGAACUCAAUACCAAGCUUGCAGAGCAGAAAGUUGUGUUGGCUGAAAAAUCCAAUGCGUGUGAGGUAUUACUACAGGAGAUCUCCACUAACACUGGUGUCGCUGAGGAGAAGAAAAAACUGGCAGAGGAUAAAGCUAAAGAGAUUGAGGAGCAGAACAAGGUGAUUGCAGUGGAGAAGAAAGAUGCAGAGAGCUCUCUGGCUGAAGCCUUGCCAGCCUUGGAGGCUGCUCGCAUUGCUUUGCAGGACCUUGACAAAUCUGAUGUUACUGAGAUCAGAUCCUUUGCCAAACCACCUAAACAGGUGCAGGUGGUAUGUGAGUGCAUCCUUGUUAUGCGUGGCCACAAGGAGAUCAAUUGGAAAACAGCUAAGGGUAUGAUGUCCGAGGCCAACUUCUUGCGUUCUCUGAUGGAAAUGGAUUGUGACUCUAUCAGUGCUAGCCAAGUCAAGACUGUUCGAGGCUUCUUGAAACAUCUAAACACCAGCUCUGAGGAAAUGCAGGCCAUCAGUAAAGCUGGUUCAGGGAUGCUGAAGUUUGUGGAGGCUGUCAUGGGCUACUGUGAUGUUGCCAGAGAGAUCAAACCAAAGCGAGAGAAGGUGGCAAGGUUGGAAAAGAACUUCUUUCAGAGUAAGCGUGAACUGGAGAGGAUCCAGAAUGAGCUGGCUGCUAUCCAGAAGGAGUUGGGGGCGCUGGGAGAGAAAUAUGAUGCUGCUAUGGGUGAGAAACAACUAUUACAGGAGGAGGCUGAAGUGAUGGAGAGAAGGCUAAUUGCUGCUGACAAGCUUAUCUCUGGCCUUGGCUCAGAGAAUAAACGCUGGACAGAUGACCUAGAAGAACUUAAGAUCCGGCGGAUUCGUCUUCUGGGUGAUUGCUUGAUAUGUGCAGCCUUCUUGAGUUAUGAGGGAGCCUUCAGCUGGGUCUUCCGGAAUGAGAUGGUGAAUGAUGUGUGGCAAAAGGAUGUACUAGAGAGAAAAAUUCCUCUCAGUCAGCCCUUCAAAAUUGAGAGUCUACUCACAGACGAAGUGGAGAUCAGUAGAUGGGGCUCAGAGGGCCUACCCCCUGAUGAAUUGUCAGUGCAGAAUGGAAUUCUUACUACAAGAGCAAGCCGCUUCCCAAUGUGUAUCGACCCCCAGCAGCAGGCCCUCAACUGGAUUAAGAAGAAAGAGGAGAAGAACAACCUUAAGAUUUCCUCGUUCAAUGAUCCAGACUUUCUGAAACAACUUGAGAUGGCCAUUAAAUAUGGCUUCCCCUUCCUCUUCCAAGAUGUUGAUGAAUACAUUGACCCAGUCAUAGAUAAUGUUCUGGAGAAAAAUGUGAAAGGAGCAGAGGGUCGUCAGGUGAUUAUCCUUGGUGACAAAGAAGUGGACUAUGAUCCCAACUUUAAGCUCUACCUUAACACCAAACUGGCCAACCCCAAGUACUCCCCUGCUGUCUUUGGAAAGGCCAUGGUCAUAAAUUAUACAGUUACACUUAAAGGUCUGGAAGACCAAUUACUCAGUGUGAUUGUUGGUUUUGAGCGGAAGGAGCUAGAGGAGCAGCGUGAACGGUUGAUUCAGGAGACUAGUGAGAACAAACGCCUUCUGAAAGAUUUGGAGGAUUCACUGCUAAGAGAAUUAGCUACCUCCACUGGAAAUAUGCUUGAUAAUGUGGAGCUUGUCCACACAUUGGAGGAGACCAAAUCCAAAGCCAGUGAGGUGUUUGAAAAGCUGAAGUUGGCAGAGAAGACAUCUAUUGAUAUUGACAAGCUUCGUGAUGGGUACCGUCCAGCAGCAAAACGUGGUGCAAUUCUUUUCUUUGUGUUGGCAGAGAUGGCUUUGGUUAACAGCAUGUACCAGUACUCCCUUGCCUCUUUCUUGGAGGUGUUUGAUUUUUCACUUCGCAAGUCACUGCCUGAUUCAGUCUUACCCAAGAGGUUGAAGAACAUAAUGGACACCCUCACUUACAAUGUCUACAAUUAUGGAUGUACAGGUCUGUUUGAAAGACACAAGUUACUCUUCUCCUUCAACUUGACCAUUAAGAUUGAGCAAGCAGAGGGCAGAGCUCCUCAAGAAGAAUUAGAGUUCUUCCUUAAAGGCAACCUCUCUCUAGAAAAGAGCAAACGGAAGAAGCCUUGUGCUUGGUUGCCUGAUCAAGGUUGGGAAGAUAUUGUGAGACUGGCUGAGCUUUUCCCUGCUACAUUUGGCAGCUUAAUGGAUGACAUAGAGAACAAUCCCUCGGAUUGGAAAGCUUGGUGUGAUUUGGAUAACCUGGAGCAGGCUCCCUAUCCAAUGACUUACAACAACAUUUUGGCACCCUUCCAGAAGCUUCUUCUUCUGCGAUGCUUUCGUUUAGACCGUGUCUACCGUGCAGUUAGUGACUAUGUCACUGUUACUAUGGGAGAAAAGUAUGUACAGCCACCUGUAAUCAGUUUUGAAGCCAUAUAUGAACAGAGCUCCCCCAACUCGCCCAUAGUGUUUAUUCUCAGCCCGGGAUCUGAACCAGCCAGUGAUCUAAUGAAGCUGGCUGAGCGAUCAGGUUUUGGGGGCAGUAAGCUAAAGUUUCUUGCCAUGGGACAAGGCCAAGAGAAGGUUGCACUGCAGUUGCUUGAGACAGCUGUAUCACGUGGCCAGUGGCUUAUGCUUCAAAACUGCCACUUGCUGGUGAAGUGGCUCAAGGAUCUGGAGAAAUCUCUGGAGAGGAUCAGUAAACCCCAUCCUGAUUUUCGUCUCUGGCUUACCACUGACCCAAUUAAGAACUUCCCCAUUGGCAUUUUGCAAAAGUCCCUUAAGGUUGUGACCGAGCCACCCAAUGGUCUGAAGCUGAACAUGCGUGCCACCUACUUUAAGAUCCCUCAUGACACUUUGCAAAGUUGUGAACAUCCAGCAUUCCGUAGCUUGGUGUAUGUGCUGGCCUUUUUCCAUGCCGUUGUGCAGGAACGGCGCAAGUAUGGAAAGAUUGGAUGGAACGUGUCCUAUGACUUCAAUGAGUCGGACUUUCUGGUGUGCACGGAGAUUCUUAAUACAUACUUGACAAAAGCCCACAUCCAAGGAGACAUUAAGAUUCCAUGGGGCAGUCUUAAAUAUCUUAUAGGAGAGGUAAUGUAUGGAGGAAGAGCUAUCGACAGCUUUGACCGCAGGAUUCUUAAAGUGUACACGGAUGAAUAUCUUGGAGAUUUCAUCUUUGACAAGUUUCAGCCUUUCCACUUUUUCCACAAUAAGAAUGUGGACUAUAAGAUACCUCAAGAUGGACCAAAGGAUAACUAUGUGGGUGAGAUUGAAACUCUACCAUUGGCAAACACCCCUGAAGUGUUUGGACUUCAUCCUAAUGCAGAGAUUGGAUACUAUUCCCAGGCUGCAAGAGACAUGUGGACUCACCUGAUAGAACUGCAGCCCCAAACUGGUGAUUCUGGAGGCGGCAUUAGUCGUGAUGAGUAUAUUGGCCAGGUGGCACGGGACAUUCAAAACAAGCUGCCUUCAGUGUUUGACAUGGAUGUGAUACGCAAAAAAUUUGGCCUAGAGGUGUCUCCCACUACAGUGGUGCUGUUGCAGGAGUUGGAGCGCUUUAACAAGCUCAUUGCCCGUAUGAGCCGCUCACUGGCUGAACUGCAAAGGGCCCUGGCAGGUGAGGUGGGUAUGAGUGGUGAGCUUGAUGAAGUGGCACGUGCUCUCUUUAAUGGGCAGAUUCCUGGUAUUUGGAGAAAACUGGCACCUGAUACCCUCAAGUCUUUGGGAAACUGGAUGCUUCACUUCAAGAGACGUCAUGAGCAGUACAGCUCCUGGGUGGAUGAAGGGGAGCCCAAUGUAAUGUGGUUGUCAGGUCUGCAUAUUCCAGAGUCAUACCUGACAGCACUGGUGCAGGCCACAUGCAGGAGAAAUGGCUGGCCACUGGACCGAUCCACUCUUUACACACAGGUCACCCAGCACUGCAGUCCAGAUGAGGUCAAUGAGAGACCGGGACAGGGUUGUUUUGUGUCUGGAUUAUACCUUGAAGGAGCAGACUGGGACACAGAGAAAUGUUGUCUGAUUAGAAGUAAACCUAAAGUGCUAGUGGUCCAACUACCCAUCCUCAAAGUUAUUCCUAUAGAAUCACACCGCCUCAAAUUACAGAACACACUACGUACCCCGGUCUAUACAACUUCAAUGCGAAGAAAUGCCAUGGGAGUCGGCUUGGUGUUUGAGGCAGAUCUUUUCACCACCAAACAUAUAUCUCACUGGGUAUUGCAGGGUGUCUGUUUAUGCCUCAAUUCUGAUUAAGUUCUUAUGUCAUGUUAAGUUCAUAAGUAUCAUUUUUAUGGUCAUAGAGAUCACAGUUGUAUUAAAUUUGCCUUGACUUCCUCACAUUAAAGACUUUUGGGGAAAGAA